GGCCGUCAGAUUUUGGAACAAGAAAACGAGUAACUUAAAACCUAUAAACUUUUGUCCGGGAUCCAAACUAUUUCAAACCUUGUGACCCGUGACAGUUCCCAGUUGUCGAAGCGUUGGGAACGACUGAAACCCAGCGUCUGGCAUGGGCCCAGGACAGAAUAUAUGUACCGUAACGAUUUCCCUGUUCCCAUUUCUACACAUGGGACACUGAGGCCCUGCCAGUGUCUGCACCCUCAAGUAUCCUGACUCAAAUUCCAGGUUGCUGCCCAACUUAGUGCCACUGAGAGGAGGGCCGCCCAUCUGCCCCACCUGGCCCUAACCCGGAGUGCUCCACGCACCACCCGGGCGUUGGGGCGAUGCAAUAUUGGAGACCAGAAGCAGAGUGGCUGGCCGGCGCGCAUACUCCGUCCUGAGCGCAGCCUCUCCGCGCCAGGGGGCGCGCUCCUCUCCGCUGCCCCGCCCCUGAAGCGGUUGGGAUUUGAAUCUCCGGCGGGCUGUGGCGGGAAGUGUCGAUCGGUCAGCCAGACAUGGAGAGCUCGGGCUCCGCACCUCGGUGCCCGUUGCAAGAGCAGCGUGCCCGCUGGGAGCGGAAACGCGCCUGCACCGCCCGGGAGCUGCUGGAGACCGAGCGGCGCUACCAGGAACAGCUGGGGCUGGUGACCACGUACUUCGUGGGCAUUCUGAGAGCCAAGGGCACCCUGCGACCACCAGAGCGCCAGGCCCUGUUUGGGCCCUGGGAGCUCAUUUACGGCGCCAGCCAAGAGCUGCUUCCCUACCUGGAAGGAGGGCACUGGGGACAGGGACUGGAGGGCUUCUGCCCCCACCUGGAGCUCUACAUCCAAUAUGCUGCCAACUCAGAGAGGUCCCAGACCACCCUGCAGGAGCAACUAAAGAAAAGCAAACGUUUCCGGAGGUUCUUGAGGCUUCAGGAAGGGCGCCCUGAGUUUGGGGGUCUUCAGCUCCAGGACCUACUCCCUCUGCCUCUGCAGAGGCUCCAGCAGUAUGAGCAUCUUGUCGUUGCUUUGGCGGAAAACACAAAUCCCAACAGCCCUGACCACCACCAACUCACACGGGCUGCUCGGUUGAUAAGUGAGACUGCCCAGAGAGUCCACACCAUUGGUCAGAAACAGAAGAAUGCCCAGCACCUCCAGCGUGUCCAGGCUCUGCUCAGUGGACGCCGGGCAAAGGGGCUUACCUCAGGUAGUCGCUGGUUCCUACACCAGGGCUGGCUGUUGGUGGUGCCUCCCCAUGGGGAGCCUCGGCCCCGAAUGUUCUUCCUCUUCUCUGAUGUGCUCAUCAUGGCCAAGCCUCGACCCCCACUGCACCUGCUGCAGAGUGGCACCUUUGCCUGCCGGGCCCUCUACCCCAUGGCUCAGUGUCAACUCCACAGGGUCUUUGGCCACUCAGGAGGCCCUUGUGGUGGACUGCUCAGCUUGUCCUUUCCCCGGGAGAAGCUGCUGCUUAUGUCCACAGACCAGGAGGAGCUAUUGCGCUGGUACCACAGUCUGACUUUGGCCAUCAGCAGCCAGAAGAAUUAGAAGAAUCUUAUAGAUUCCAGAACUCAUGAUACUUCAGGGAGAGGUCAGCAGGGUCAAGAGUAUAAAGGAACUAAACUUCAGUACUAAACAAAACACAGAAGCCUUCAUGGUUUGAGAAAGGUCAUUUUGUGUUUGCUUGGGACCAAGCCACACUGGGUUAUUUGACCAGCCCUUACGAAUCAGAAAACCAGAUCUGACCCAACUGAACUUCCGCUGAACCAGCCCCUCCAGCACAGAUGAGGGGAUUUGAGAUUGAUAAGCUCGGUGCUAUGUCUGUGGCCAGUCGUCUGUCAAGGUUGCAACUUUGCAAACGUGGCUAUUUUUAAGUUGUAUGUAGUUUUUAUAAUUUAUUUUCUCACUGGAUUUUAGUAAAGUUUUGUUCUUUGG